AUUGUAUGCGAGUGUGUGUAGUGGGUACAUAAAUAAAAUACAAUUGCACUUGGACACGUUACAGUCAGGAAAUAUGGCGCGCAACGCAGGCGGCACCAACAACAAUACGCCUAAAACAAAUGUAACUAGCACUCCGCCGGGUGCUAGUGCUUCAGCGGCAGGUGCUGCGGCAGCUGCAACGAGUGCCAAACACAAACGGAGCACAACUAACAGCAGAAGUUUUAGCUUUCAGUUGUUGUCUUCAAAGCUGAUAUUGGACAAGUGGAAGACAUUGAUAGGCUGUGUCUGUUUGGCUAUCGCCAGCUACUUUGGUUAUCUGGGCUAUCUGGAGACACGCGUAAAUACGCCAUACGAUAAUCAAAAAAUGGUCUUACGCACAGGAUUGGACGAUCCGGAGCGUUACUGGGGCUCAUAUCGGCCUCAGACGUACUUUGGUAUGAAGACCCGGGACCCGCAUUCGCUGGUCAUGGGACUGAUGUGGUAUACGCCCAGCAAUUUGGGUCCUGGAGGUCAUGGCAUUCGCCACUGGUGCGAUCUGGGUGACAAUCUGGAUGGAUAUGGCUGGACCCAUCAUGAUGGUCGCAGCUUUGGCAUGCAGAAGAUACACGAUCUGCCCUUCGAGAUAAAAACCUCAUUUGUCAAGUAUUCCACUGACAAACAAUUUGGCGGCGAUUGGACGGCACGAAUCUCAGUUCGGAAUACAACACGCGCCUGGGAUCGCAGCAUAUCUCUGAUCUGGUAUGUGGCACUUGACGAGCGCUCAAAUGGUCACAUCAAGUAUGUCUCGGAUGAGAAGAGCCCCGAGCCAGGUGUCUACGGGGAGACUCAAGGCUUGGGCGAGUUUCAAGUCCGUUUCCAUGCCGUCAAGGGACGAAUUCUGCACAAAUCAUAUCUGAGCACGGUGGCUCCGUCACUCAGCAUGCUGAAGGAAACAAUUUUCUCACAUUUCCGUGCAUUUGCCAACAAGAAUGGUAACCGCUUUAUUGGUCUGCCCGGUGAAAUCGUAUCCCAAAAUGGUUUGCCAUCAACAAAUCCCGAGCCAAACUUUAUAGCCAUACAGAUAACAGCCGAAGUGGACUUCACACUAGACAUUACGUAUCAGUCAACUUCCGGAUUUGCAUUGGGAGAGUCUAUACCCAAACCGCCGACGGGACGCGCUUACACCGACUCGCUUCAAGCAAAGAUUGCUGAAUUCGAGAAGCGAUUCGAAGAUACAUUUCAAUUGUCAGCCAAGGGCUUUGGGGCUGAAGAGAUUCGCUUUGCCAGAAACUCACUUAGCAACAUGAUUGGUGGCAUUGGAUACUUCUAUGGAGCCAGUCGUGUGCAGUCUGUCCACACACAGAAUCCAGUGCCCUAUUGGAAGGCGCCGCUUUAUACGGCGGUACCAUCGCGAAGCUUUUUCCCGCGCGGCUUUCUAUGGGACGAGGGUUUCCAUGGGCUCUUGAUUAGUUCCUGGGAUGUGGACAUUGAGCUGGACAUCAUUUCCCAUUGGUUUGAUCUCCUUAACGUCGAGGGUUGGAUACCAAGAGAACAAAUUCUCGGCACUGAAGCGCUCGCCAAGGUGCCUGAGGAAUUUGUGACCCAGCGGAACAGCCACGCCAAUCCACCCACAUUCUUCCUCACCCUCCGCAAACUGCUCACUCAGCACAAGCAGCAGCUGUCCCAGAAGGGACGCUUCGCCACCCUUGAGCGUCUCUACCCGCGACUUCAGGCUUGGUUUAAUUGGUACAACACCACGCAACGAGGUGAAAUAUUGGGCACGUAUUUGUGGCGGGGACGUAACGCCAGCACGUUACGUGAGCUAAACCCAAAGAGCCUGUCCUCUGGCUUGGAUGAUUACCCACGGGCAUCGCAUCCCACGGAUCGUGAGCGUCAUGUAGAUUUGCGUUGUUGGAUAGCGCUAGCCGCCAGCGUCAUGGCCGAGCUGUCGACGUUGUUGGGCAAGGACGAUGUGAAAUACUAUGAGACAGCAUCCUAUCUGACAGACAAUGAGCUUCUUAAUAAGCUUCAUUUGGAUCCGUAUAGCGAACACUACACAGAUUGGGGCCUGCAUACGGAUUCUGUUGUUCUGAAGCAUCCACCGCCACUGACACCACAGCGCACUGGAGCACAACGUGGUGGCGCUCCACAUCAACAGCAGCCGGAGAAACAGCGCUAUACGUUAAAUCCGCCAGAUUUCAAGUUUGUGGAUACCAUGUUCGGCUAUGUAAGUUUAUUUCCCUUGCUCCUAGAGCAGCUGGAUCAUGACUCAUCGAGUCUAGGGAAACUGUUGCACGAUAUGCGCGACCCGAAGUUACUCUGGUCUAACUAUGGAUUGCGCUCGCUCUCGAAAGACUCGCCGAUGUACAUGAAACGAAACACGGAACAUGAUCCGCCUUAUUGGCGUGGUCCUAUCUGGAUCAACAUAAAUUAUUUGGCCGUAAAAGCUCUGCGUCACUAUGGCAAAAUAAAUGGUCCACAUGCAGAGGCUGCACGCAAAAUCUAUGGUGAGCUGCGGGAUAAUCUGAUAAAGAAUAUCUUUAGGCAAUACCAGCGCACUGGUUACAUCUGGGAGCAGUAUGAUGAUACCACGGGCGAAGGCAAGGGAUGCAAUCCAUUCACCGGCUGGAGUGGUCUUGUCGUUCUGCUUAUGGCCGAGCAGUUCUAAAGCAACAUGGUCUCAUUGCUGUGAGUUUCUCCUGUGAUAGCCUCACGCAAAUCUUUACAACCAAUUCCAAAGGCACUGCGAUUUCUUUUAGCUGUUAACUUCUAGCCAUGUUCAAUUUCUUUCCAAAGAUUUAACUACUUAAUUAUACAUUCAUACUAUAUAUACUUGCGUAGUACGUGUUAGUAUAUUGUACAUGUAUGUAUGAUGUCCUAUUACUUAAAUACCGGUCUCUCUUUGGCUGCUUCUGUCAUAAGUUGUACAAAUUUGUAAUCUGACUAUUUAAUUAAAAUAGCAAUAAUAGACGAAUUUAAGAAUAAUUAACUAAUAAAAAUACAGACUUUAAAAUCGUAUAA